UCUUUUUAUUUACAAGAAGCCCCUGAAAUUUCCUUAAAUUUUUAACACCUCCGCAUCCCAAAAUCACGAUAUGAAAUCUCUUGAUUUUUUCAAAUUUAAGUCUCCCUCCGACUGAGCUCAUAUUUUCCCUCCCCAUCCACGGGUGUGCAAAAAAAGCACAAGCAAGAUCUGCAAGAACAAUUGAGCCGUUCAAUAUCUCCUAAAUUGUGAAAGAAAAAUCAAGAGAACCUGAAAAAAGAAAAUGAACGAUGGGGCUUCGAGAAAUGCAAACUAUUAUGACCUUGAUGAUAUUCUUAUAGAGGAAGAGCUUGUCCCUGUUGUGUUCCAUAAGUCAGCUAAUGGAGUGAAAGUUGAUCCCAGUGCUGAAAAAGACUGUGUGGAAGAAGGUGCGAAGGUAGAGCUGCCAUUUUGGCUUGCUCAGGAGUUAUAUUUGAGGCAAGCCGUAUCAAUAAAUGUUCCAGCUUGUUUCAACCAAAAAACAAGGCGAGAAAUCCAGGCUGAUGCUGCAAAUGUGGAUCUGAGAUCUCGGUGUCAAUUUUUCUAUGAGUUUGGCUGUAAGAUAGCUCCAUUGGUUGGUGAUCGAACAAUUGGAAAGAUGCUCUUGUCUACAUUUCAGAUGAGGUAUAAGGAUGUCUUGACAAAGGCACACACUGUGGCAUAUGCAGUGGCUUCCAAAUUCUUGUCAGUUUUAACAAAAGAAGAAACUAACUUGUAUGAAGCUGCACAAAACUCCAUGGCAGCGUUCAAGAAAUGGCGGAUAGGUGGCCCCAGAUUUCAGAGGGCUUCAGUCCUUGGGAGGAAGAGAAAAGCAAUUGAGUAGGUGUUUUUCCUAACCUAAUUAUGAUUUUUCCACACUAUUUGAGUCUACAUUCUAAGUGUAAGUAUGGUGCCGGAUGGCUUCAUACAUGCCUGAUGUAACAUAGUAAGGAGUAUAGUUGAGAUUGAUUUUAAGACUUUGUAGGUUUCUUGGACCUUUAUUGAUAAGAUUAGUUUAAAUGUUGCAAAAGUAAUAAAGAAAGAAAGCCUACUGCUUUUUAUGAUUGUUAAAAGUAA